GAGUGUCUCCCACCCGGCCAACCUACAAAAUUACUAACGCUAUCGUUAUUACUGCGGCGGAUUCUGGUGCAUAAACAUCGCUUUUUUAUAUUAAAUAAAACGCUAGUAAAAAUGAUGAAAAUUGUACUAAGUCUUGGAGUUUGCUUGCUCAUAUUUUCUGUCCAGCAAGUGUCAGCUUUGCAGUGCUAUAGUUGUCUCACUGGUUGUGACGACCCGUUUAGUGCCGAUGGCGUGUCCAAAGUUGAUUGCAGUGGGUCGUGUAUGAAAACUGAAAAGGACGGAACGGCAGUAAGAAACUGUCUACCUGCCUUAGAAAAAAACUCUUGCGAAGAAAUUUCUGGCGCAAACGUUUGCUACUGUACAGGAGAACUUUGUAAUGGAGCAUCGGAGCGAUACCUGUCCCGAGUCAGCAUACUUGUAACCAUUGUGUGUGUCGUCAUGAGUGUCUAUAAAUACGUCUUCUGAUUCUUUAACCUUAUAAACAGUAUAUCAAUAUGCACAGAACAAGUAUACAAUGAUUAUAUAAUGAAUAGAAUUGUUUGUAUCUGCUUUAAGGUAGUUUUGCACGUUUAAUAAACCUGAAGUGAUGGCGAAACGUCAUUUAUCCGGGAAACGUAGAAUAAAGCCUGGAUUCGGCGUACGGAAAUGAAAAUCAUUUUAAUAUGAUUUAAUCGCAACCUUUGAGUAAAUUUAUUUUAAUGGCACUGUUGCUAUAUUUCGAAAGUCAAAAUAUGGUAUUAAAACAUAUGACACGUUGAAUAAUUCAAAAUAAAAUCUUAAAAUUAACGUGAAAUGUCCGGUUCACUUUAAUCAUGGUCAAAUGUCUUAAAAAUUAGCAUACGGACUAAACAUUUUAUUUCACCAAAUUACGGGCCUGGUCUUUAUUCAGAACUGUGAGAAGUUUCAUCAAAAUCUACAUUGAGGAAAACAUUAUAUUCGCAAAAAUGUUAUGAAAGUUAUUAUUUUCCCAUAGACGUCCAUAAUGAAGUAUAGCAUGAGGUCCGUAUUUUUCAAAUCAGUGUAGCAAAAAAUCAAGCGAACGACCCUAUCUUUUUAUUUGCUGAAUUUUCUAGGUAUAUUCUGAAGAUUUGAAAAAUUAGAGUUUAAUCAAAUUCUACAUUGUAGAAAAAAGUUCGAUCCAAACGUGCAGAGCUACCUAUAUAUCAAAGCAUGUACCAUUACACAAUCAUUCUGUUUAGCAUCACCAUUGUUCGUUCACGUAUUGUUAAUAGUAUAAAGUUCAAUAUUUUUCGGUCAAAAGAUUAGCUUAUAAAUAUUUCUUCACAAUGAUAUUUUCUGGAUUAAGUGAUAGUGGCCCUCUAUUGAACAAGAAGUCGUCGGAACAUUUUCUUAAGAAAUCCAUUUAUUGAUUUUGAUAUUUACACUUUGUAUUUGGUCAUGUACAUAAAACAUCGAUACUUAUAUCCCUUAAUAUACAGAGCUUUAAUCUCUUUUCGCUUUUUGCCACCUAUCAAUUCUUCUAAUGAUUGUUAUAAACAAUUAAAUCUUUUCUAUAAAGUUU